AUGCCUCGAACUAUGAAAUCCAAAUCCUAUAAUAAAUGCUUUGAAAAAAGAAGAGAACAUGGUUGCUCUAGAGUACAUAAAAUUAAAUUAACAAAGGUGUUUCCUACUUCCCCUUACAGAAAGAUUAAUAACAAUUCUCACACAACAAAUUGCAAUUCUUGUGAUGAUUCUGAUAAUUGUAUGAAAUUACUUUCUGAACGUUUGGUCAGAAUUGAAAAUUUAGUCAACAAUCUAUAUAAAUUAACUCAAGGAGAACUUGUCAACUCAAAAAAGUAUCCUUCAAAACAAAAUCGAACGAUAUAUAAUAUUGACUUAACUUCUUGUAAAUUGGAGGAUUUACAAAGACUCGUAAAUUUCACUACAAAUGCAAUGUCUCUUCCGUCGUCAUCUCAGCCAUCCCUUUCUCCUAAAUCUAUCCAUCAAGAAAAUAUUCAUUCUGAAAAUUAUUCAAGGACUAGGAAUUUUAACAAACAAGAAGAAAUUUUAAAAUAUGAUAGUCAAGAUUCUGGUUAUAUAAGUGAUGAUGUUGAUUUACCAUCACCGGUGACAAGUUCAAAAGGAAAUAUCGAUACUUUAGAGUGUGAAAAUCACAUACAUGCGGCAUAA